CAAGGCCCCGCCCUCCGUCUGUUACAAGUCUGUAACACCCACCGCGCAUGCUCAUAGUGUCCGGGUGGGCGGUGUUUUCCUUUCCGGUCAGUGCUGAAGCCGAUCGUCUGCGGGAUCGGGUAGGGUAUCCUCGCCUCCUGAGUUGGGAUCACUUCGACGGGCCGAAGGUAUCACUUUCCUAUUGUUAGACCUGCGGUGAGAGAUUUAUUGGGAGAAAACCCCCAACUGGAAGCAAACCACGACUGAAGACGAGGGAACAGCAACAAGUGAACCAGCCCAAGGACUGAGAGCAUCAACUGGAGAGGACCCAUCUGACUCGGAGAAACCAGUGAUUCGGUCAGGGGAAAGUUUGGUUAAAAAUGACAAGGAAUUUGUCUACGGGAAUCUCGAACACAACACGCCGGUUUUGCUGUCUCUGUCCAGAUAUUUAAGAAGUGGAGCAAGGGAUUCACUCGAUCAUCUGAGCGACUGGCACGCUCGUCAUUUUACACAGGGGUGAACCCAUUCACCUGCUCAGACAGUGGGAAUGGAUUCAGUCAGUAAUAACAACUGAAGGUUAAACACAACAAGGAAUUUGUCUACAGCAAUCUUGAGCACAACACGCUAGUUUUGCUGUCUUGGUCCAGAUAUUUAAGAAGUGGAGCAAGGGAUUCACUCGAUCAUCCUUCCUGCUCAGACUGUGGGGAGGGAUUCACUCGAUCAUCUGACCGACUGGCACACCCGUCAUUUUACACAGGGGGGAACCCAUUCAUCUGCUCAGACUGUGGGAAUGGAUUCAGUUGGUUAUUUCAACUGAAGGUACAUCAGCAAGUUCACACUGGGACAAGGCCAUUCACCUGUUCUGUAUGUGAAAAGGGAUUCAGUCGGUCUUCCCACCUGUGGACACACCAGUCAGAUCACACUGGGCAGAGGCUGGUCAUCUGCUGAAUUUGUGGGGUAGGAUUCACUCGGUCAUCUGACCUAAUGGCUCACCAGCGAGUUCACACUGGAGAGCAGCUGUUCACCUGCUCAGACUGUGGGAAGGGAUUCACUCGGUCAUCCGCCCUACUGAGACACCAGUCAGUUCACACCGGGGAGCGGCCGUUCACCUGCCCAGACUGUGGGAAGGGAUUUACUUGCUCAUCUAAACUGAAGGUACAUCAGAGAGUUCACACUGGAGAGAGGCCUUUCAUCUGCUCAGACUGUGGGAAGGGAUUCAGUUCGUCAUCUCAACUGAAGAUACAUCAGCGAUUUCACACUGGGGAGCGGCCAUUCACCUGCUCAGACUGUGGGAAGGGAUUCACUUCGUCAUCUGAACUGAAGGGACAUCAGCGAUUUCACACCGGUGAGAAGCCGUUCACCUGCUCAGACUGUGGGAAGGGAUUCACUCGGUCAUCCGACCUACUGGUACAUACGUCAGUUCAUACUGGGGAGAGGCCGUUCAAAUGCUCAGACUGUGGGAAGGGAUUCACUCAGUCAUCUAAACUGAAGGUACAUCAGAGAGUUCACACUGGGGAGAGGCUAUUCACCUGCUCAGUGUGUGGGAAGGGAUUCACUUGGUCAUCUAACCUAAAGGCACACCAGCGAGUUCACACCAGGGAGCUGCCGUUCACCUGCUCAGACUGUGGGAAGGGAUUCACUUACUCAUCUCAUCUGAAGGAACAUCAGAGAGUUCACACUGGGGAGAGACCAUUCACCUGCUCAGACUGUGGGAAGGGAUUCACUCGGUCAUCCCACCUACUUGUACACAAGUCAGUUCACACAGGGGAGAGGCCGUUCACCUGCUCAGUGUGUGGGAAGGGAUUCACUCAGUCAUCUCAAUUGAAGGAACACCAGUCAGUUCACACUGGGGAGAGGCCAUUCACCUGCUCAGAAUGUGGAAAAGGAUUCACUCGGUCAUUCCACCUCCUGAGACACCAGCGACUUCACACUGUGUCACUUUCGCUGAUAACUCGUAUGUGGACGGAUUCAACGGAUAAGAACUUCGACGACGGUUAUUUUGAUUCUCCGGAUGGGAGGUGUUUUCCUUUCCGUUCAGUGCUGAAGCGGAUCGUCUGUAAAUUCGGGAAAGUGUCCUCGCUUCCUCGGUUGGGGACCCGAGGGUCGGGAUCGCUGUCUGCGGGCCGAAGACAUCACUUUCCUACCGCUUUGGCCUCGCUGAGUUAUUUCUGGAAUCAGUUUUCAUUAUUGGAGUGCUACAGGAUCAUCAGAAACCCGAGAGCAGCCCAUUCCUCAUCGCUGCCCAACCAGGAGGUCCGCCGGCAACAGCUGGGGUCUGCAGUGUGCUGUGGUUUGCAGGAGCGGUCAUCUGACCUAAUGGCUCACCAGCGAGUUCACACCAGGGAGCGGCCAUUCACCUGCUUGGACUGUGGGAAGGGAUACACUUGCUCUUCUAAACUGAAGUUACAUCAGCGAGUUCACACUGGAGAGAGGCCAUUUACCUGCUCAGACUGUGGGAAGGGAUUCACUUGCUCAUCUAAUCUGAAGUUACAUCAGAGAGUUCACACUGGAGAGAGGCCGUUCACCUGCUCAGAAUGUGGGAAGGGAUUCACUCAGACAUCCCAACUGAAGGAACAUCAGCGAGUUCACACUGGAGAGAGGCCGUUCAUCUGCUCAGACUGUGGGAAGGGAUUCACUUGCUCAUCUCAUCUGAAGGUACAUCAGCGAGUUCACACUGGGGAGAGGCCGUACACCUGCUCAGACUGUGGGAAGGGAUUCACUCAGUCAUCCCAACUGAAGGAACAUCAGCGAGUUCACACUGGAGAGAAGCCAUUCAUCUGCUCGGACUGUGGGAAGGGAUUCAAUUGCUCAUCUAAUCUACAGAGACACCAGCAAGUUCACACUGGAGAGAGGCCGUUCACCUGCUUAGACUGUGGGAAGGGAUUCACUGAGUUAACUAGCCUACAAGCACACCAGUCAGUUCACACUGGAGAGAGGCCGUUCACCUGCUCAGUGUGUGGGAAGGGAUUCACUCGGUUAACUCAGCUGAAAGAACAUCAGAGCGCUCACACUGGAGAGAGACCAUUCUCCUGCUCAUUCUGUGGGAAGGGCUUCACUCGGUCAUCUGACAUAAUGGCACACCAGCGAGUUCACACCGGGGAGCGACCGUUCAUCUGCUCGGACUGUGGGAAGGGAUUCACUUGCUUAUCUAAUCUGAAAGUACAUCAGAGAGUUCACACUGGGGAGAGGCCGUUCACCUGCUCAGUCUGUGGGAAAGGAUUCACUCAGGCAUCAAACCUGCAAGAACACCAGCGAAUUCACACUGGGGAGCAGCCGUUCAUCUGCUCGGACUGUGGGAAGGGAUUCACUUGCUCAUCCCAACUGAAGGUACAUCAGAGAGUUCACACUGGGGAGAGGCCAUUCACCUGCUCAGACUGUGGGAAGAGAUUCACUUGCUCAUCCCAACUGAAGGUACAUCAGAGAAUUCACACUGGGGAGAGGCCGUUCACCUGCUCAGACUGUGGGAAGGGAUUCACUCAGUCAUCCGAACUGAAGGUACAUCAGCGAGUUCACACCGGACAGAGGCCGUUCACCUGCUCAGUCUGUGGGAAGGGAUUCACUUUGUCAUCGUACCUACUGAGACACCAGUCAGUUCACACCAGGGAGUGGCCAUUCAUCUGUUCAGUCUGCGGGAAAGGAUUCACUGAAUCAUCCUCCCUACAGAGACACCAGUCAGUUCACACUGGGGAGACGCUGUUCACCUGCUCAGACUUUGGGAAGAGAUUCUCUCAGCCAUAUCAACCAAAUAUGCAUCAUUGAGUUCAUCGAGCUGGGAUGAGGCUGUUCACCUGCUCUGAAUGUGGGAAGCAAUUCACUCAGCCAUCUAAACUUAUGUAACUCUCGCUGAGGCCAGCAGCUUAAUAGAGGGGGUGAUAGCAACCCCCCACCCCCCAGCCCAAUCUUAUCUAAUUCUACUUUAGUCUGUUUUUUAAGCUUGGCUGAAUAAGAAAUCAUCUGACCACGUAAAAAUGCUUUAAAUGUAUCCCAUAUAAUUAAUUUGGACAUACCCCCUAUAUCAUUAAAAUGAAAGAAUUAUUUUAUCUGGGUUUCAAUAAAACCGACAAAGUCAGAGUUUUGCAAAAAUGUCUGAGACAUGUACCAUGUUGGGUGGGCAAGAAUGACAUAAUGAAAUUCAAAACACAAACUCAAAUGUGCAUGAUCAGAUAUAGCAAUGGCGUCAUAUUCACAAUUUUUAUCACUAGGUAAGAAGCAGGGACCGAUUAUAAUAUAAUCAACCCCCAAAUAUUUUUUUAUAAACAUGUGAAAAGAAAGAAUAUUCUCUGUUAUCAGGGUGCAGAUAUCUCCAUAAUUCAAUCAAUCCAAGAUCGAUCAAAAAGGAGUUAAUAAGUGAUGCAGAGUGAUUUGGAAGUCGCUGAUUGGUUGAGCUCUUUUCAAUCAUAGGAUUUAAACAACAGUUAAAAUCCCCACCCAUUAUCACAUAUAUUCAUUUGAAUCAGGCAGUAAAGCAAAUACCUUUUUUUAAAAGAAGAAGGAUCAUCUAAGUCAGGACCAUACAGAUUGACAAAAACAACUUUUCUGUUACAGAUCACUCCUUUAACAAUUAAAAAUCUACCCUUCGAAUCUGACUCAGUAUCCUCGUGAAUAAAUAUAUUAGAUUUAAUAAAGAUGGACAGGCCUUUAGUUUUACUCUGCGAAGUAGAGUGGAACUGCAAACCUCUCCACCAUCCAAAAAAAUAUAUUUUGAUCUCCCACCCUGAUAUGUGUCUCUUGAGCAAAAAUUAUAUCAGUUUGGAAUCGGUUAAUAGUUUUGUCUUUUUCUCGUUUAAUAGGAUGAUUCCAAGCACAUACAUUCCAACUUAUUACAUUAAUCCAUUUAAAUACCAUAUUAUAAUUUUAUUCUACUUUAUACCUGCACAGAGCACAUACCAAUAUGGGAUGAUCAAAAAUGGUGGUGAUGAAGAAUACAACCACAUAGAAAACACCCAUGAUCCAGAACCACCCAAGAGGAAAAAACUCCUAAUUCUAACCCCACCCACCUCCCUGAAAGCCCAAAAAAAAAAGGCAAGCAACCUAGGAUAGCAUACGAAGCCAGGGACCGCUCUGUCUGUACAGACUCUUGAUGCCCAAAUUACUGAAGACGAAAUUCAUAAAGCUACUUUUCCAAUGCAAUCUGGUAAGGCCCAUGGACUUGAUGGCUGUCCUGUAGAAUGUUAUAAAAAAAAUUGGAAAAUUGCUUUUUCUGGAUAUAUGUUAGAAAUGUUUAAGGAUUCUUUUGUGAAAGGUGAUUUACCCUCUACUUUCUGUGAGGCUUCUAUUUCUUUAAUUCUUAAAAAGGAUAAAGAUCCUACUAACUGUGCCUCAUAUAGACCUAUUUCAUUAUUGAAUGUAAAUGCUAAGAUUCUGUCAAAGAUACUGGCCAAUCGGUUAGAUAAUAUUUUAAGUAAAAUUACUUUAAAGAUCAAACAGGCUUUAUAAAGGGUCGUUAUUCCUUUUCAAAUGUUCGGAGACUACUUAACAUUAUAUAUUUGUCCUCUUUUAAAACUCCACAAUGUGUCGUUUCUUUGGAAGCUGAAAAAGCAUUCGAUUGAGUCAAAAUAUUUAUUUAAUGUUUCAGAGAAAUUUGGCUUCGGUGUUAAUUUUAAUAAUUGGUUUGGAAUGAUAUAUAAAGCUCCUAUUGCUACUGUGGUCAAUAACAACUGUAGGUUUCCUUUUUUUCAGAUUUCAUGGGCGACAAGACAAGGUUGUCCAUCAAGUCCUUUGUUAUUUAAUUUAGUGUUAGAACCCCUUGGUAUUGCUCUUCGUGAAGCUAAAAAUAUUCAUAGGAUUUUUGUGAAUGGACCAUUCAUAAUUUUUCUCUUUACGCUGACUAGUUAUUGGUUUAUAUAUCUAAUCCCAAAGAAUCUAUUCCUGCUUUGCUAAAAUUAUUCAAUGAAUUUGGAGAUUUUUCAGGAUAUAAAAUAAAUUUGAGUAAAAGUGAAUUGUUUCCUUCAAAUGAACCUGCCUCUAUAUAUGAUAAUACUCCUUUCAAAGUCACAGAUUCUUUUAGAUAUUUAGGUGUUAUAAUCACUAAAAAAUAUAAGGAUCUUUAUAAAGCCAAUUUCGUUCCUUUGGUAGACUCUAUGAAGUAUUUAUUUAGUAGAUGGAGUCCACUUACAUUUUCACUUGUCGGUCAUAUUCCUAUAGUUAAAAUGAUGAUUUUACCAAUUCUUUAAUAUUUAUUUCAGAAUAUCCCUGCUUUUUACUAAGACAUUUUUUGAUCAGAUUGAUUCUAUUAUUUUAUCUUUUAUUUGGAAUAAUAAAAGACCAAGAAUUAGUAAAUGUCACUUACAAAAGUUGAAAAGGGAUGGAAGUCUCGCUUUGCUGAAUUUAAGAAUGUAUUACUGGGCUGUUAAUGUGCGAUAUAUGUCCUUUUGGUUAUAUUGGGUUGAUAAGAACGAUCGGCCAAUUUGGGUAGACCUGGAAUUGAAAGCUGUGAAACAGUUUUACUUAACCUCGUUAUUGGGAGUUGCUUUACCUAUACAAUUAGCUAAAGUUGCUAAUUUAAACCUAUACUCUGUGAUUAAGCAUUCUUUACAAAUUUGGCUCCGGUUCCACAAUUUUUUUUUAAUUUUAAUCUUAAAAAAAUUAAACUUUGUGGUUUAAUUUAUCAAAAUUACCUUUUUGAGCCUUCUUUGAGUAAUCCAUUUUUUUUUACUUUUUGAUGCAUAAAGGUAUUAAUUCUUUUUUGGAUUUAUUUAAAGAAGAUAGAUUGAUGUCUUUUGAACAAUUAGUUGAUAAAUAUUAUCUUUCAUACUCACACUUUUUACAAUACCUUCAAGUUAGACAUUUCUUACAAAAAUAUUUAAGUAAUUUUCCUUGUGUAUUGGAGGUUGACAUGUUAGAUACUAUUAUGAGUAUGAACCCUUCGAUGAAGGGUUCUAUUGGAAGAAUUUAUAUUUUUUUUAUUACAAUGGGAUAGGUGUUCUUUAUUUAAGAUUGAACAAGAUUGGGAGAAGGAACUCAAUUUAUCUUUUAUGACGGAGGAUUGGACACGGAUUCUGAAGCUGAACUCUUCUUCGAUAUGUGCUAGUCAUUUAAAAUUGUAUAUCGUUACCAUCUGAUGAAGGAGAGACUGUCUAAAAUAUUUCCUAAUGUUGAUAGUUAUUGUGAUGGAUGUAAAACUGAGACAGCUAUGCUGACACACGUGUUUUGCUCUUGUUCUAUCCAGGAACAGUUCUGGAAGUCAGUUUUUUUUGACAAUUUCUAAAGCACUUAAAAUUAAUUUACAACUUAACAAAUUAACUGUGCUUUUUGGAAUAAUUCCUCAAAAUAUCUGGUAUCUCUAUAUCUGACGAACAUGUUAUUGCAUUUGUUACAUUGAUAGCUCGGAGGGCCAUUUUGUUGAAGUGGAAGGAUACAUCAGCUCCCACUUUGUCACAAUGGUUCUCUCAAGUGAUGCUAUGUCUUAGUUUGGAGAAAAUUAGAAGUUGAACCUUUGAACCUUUAUUUGAUUUUGAGAAAAGAUGGGAUUCAUUUGCUUGUUAAUAUCAUUUGAGUUAAUUGGUAGAUUUCCUCCACGAUCUAAUUGUAAAUUUUGGUAUGUAUUUUUUUUUUCUUGCUGGCAGAUUGCUGUUUAUUUUUUAGAAGCUUUUUGUAUGACGCAUGGCUCCGGGUUGUACACCUAAUGGGGUUUCCCCCCACUUUUUCCUGCUGAGUAGGGUUUCUAUUUAUUAUCAACAAAAUUUUUCAAUCUAGAAAAUAAUGUUUUUUUUUCCUUGAGACAUUGUAAGUGUUGCUUACUUUGAUGUACUCGUGUUAUUUUUGAAUAAUAUAAUAAUAAUAUAAAGAUUUGAAAAGAAAGAAAGAAACUGCCAAGAUACAGUCGGCUAUGAACCAAGUGCUGAUAAAUGGGACCAGUGUAGAAUUGAUGAAGUUCCUGUCUCUUCUUCCAUUAAUGUUGCCUCCUUAUGGCAAAACUAACCCUCUCACUGUGUCAGAAUCAGUGAUUAAAUCCGGCCCCAAACACUGUGCUUUUAUCGCUGCACAUUGUAACUUGAACCAUCUCACUGAGGGUCUGAUGGAGACACAACCUCUGCCCUCUGCACAUGUGGUCACAUCUCCCCUGCUUCUGACAUUUCAAAUACACUCAGAAUGGUUUUCUGAUUCAGUCUGAAGGUUAUGGUACAUUCAGCUCAUUGUCAGACCUGACAAACCAUGUCUUCGCACAGCUGGUUCCACCUGUUGGUGUGUCCUCUUUCCUCCACCUCCAGGGAAGCUGCAUCUCCACACAAACUCCUCACUUGAGAUGAUUGUCUGUACCCGUGACACAGGAAAUCACAUCACUGUCACUCUCCUGAUACCAUCCGGGAAGCGGUACCGCAACAUUAAAGCCAGAACCAACAGGCUCCGGGACAGCUUCUUCCACCAGGCCGUCAGACUGAUGAACUCACGCUGAUCUGAGUGUACUCUAUAUUACAUUGUCUGUUUUAUUGAUUAUAAACUGUUAUAAAUUACUAUGAUUGCACGUUGCACAUUUAGAUGGAGACGUAAAGAUUUUUACUCCUGAUGGAUGUAAGAAAUAAAGUCAAUUCAAUUCAGUUCCUGAUUCCGUGUCUGAGCUGCUCGCCUCCGGGUGUCCUCCGUCAACAAGCUUCUUCCUCAGUCA